ACUGCUUUGCGACUGCUCGCGCACUGCACGGACUGUCAGCUGGAGAUUCGUGCCCUGAACUGUGGGCUGUCGUACGUAGUAGGUCAGUGGGGGUGGUCCAAGCUUCUUCAGGGAAGCUCCCGCCUUCGAACGUACCCCGGUGCCACACCAGUGCCCUCUUGCUCGCGCCCACACCCGCUUCAAGGUACCUCUAGGUUCUGGGUCGCGCCCACUCGCUGCACUGGGCAGCAGGGCCGGGCAGGUUGGACACUAGGUACCAUCGAACCUCCCGUCCCCUCGUCGCUCCCAGGCCCCCCCUCCCCUUUUGCAGGCCGUCAGUCCCCAUACCAUCCCCAUCCAUCAUCCCAUCCCAUGUCUGUUUCUGUGGAGGUCCAUGUGACCGUCUCAUUGCAUUUAGUUUCUUUCAUUCCUCGUCGUUUUGAUUUUUUUUUACCAGAGCGCUUUGCGAGUUUUGAAAACAAAAGGUCUCGGUGUCCGUUCUUCUGCAUUUCAACUCCAAAAGCCCCGAGUCGAGGUCCCAACAUCGACUUCGUUCGUUCCUCCUCUCCACUCCUAACCAGUCGCUCGUUCAACUGAUUCGUCAACUCAACUCAACCAAACCACCCUUCGGACCCGACCCUCGUUCGCAAUCCAUCUUUAUCAGCAAGGCCGGCCGGCAUACCUAGGUAUCAAGCAGAGACCUACUAGGCGGGAAUCAUAUCUUAGUACUAUCAUCUACAACAGGCUACUAGCAGCCCUGGACCCCGCUAAUUGCGCACUCCCAUUCCGAGCUACGCCCUCAGAGUGCAACCAGAGUGCAACACCGACAUCGAGACAGCCAUAGGAAGUGGCCGACUACCGACUGCGUCCACCAGGAGCCAACCGCAUCACUUCACCAGUUACCACCGACCAGCAGAAAUGGGUCUCUUUUCGCGGAGGGAUAAGGCGCCGAAGACGGAGGCGCCGGUCCUGAGCGCCUCGCAGUCAAAAUCCUCCCUCACCUCGGGUUCGUCCAGCAUCAAGUCUCCCGGAUUUUCCACUUCUCGCAUCCUAAACCGAACAUCAGCCGCCACCAUGAGCAGCAAUCCAGGAACACCACCCUUCUCUCCCGGUCUCAACCCCGGCGUCCCCCGGAUCGACAUCCCCAGGCCCCCCGACCCGCAGCUCGACCCUGUCGGAUACCUCAGGAGCUUGGGCGCUGUCCGCGAGCGCUGCAAGAUCGUGACCGAGAAGGCCCUGCGCAAUGAGCUCAACCACUUUGAUGUCGACAUGCACAAGUUUGACGAUGUAGUCACUUUUGUUGCCAACAUCAUCAAGAGAGACUAUGACGCCCCAUUCACAUCCAUUCCCGGCCACGGCCGUCACCAGCACUUCGCCAUCGGCGGGCGCGACCGCAUCGCUCACCUCCUGUCCACAUUCCCUGAGGAUGUUGACAACACGGAAAAGUGCAAGCGCAUGAUCGAUCUGUUCCUUGUCAGUGUAUUGCUGGACGCCGGUGCCGGCACCCAGUGGAGCUACAAGAGCAACGAGAAUGGCCGUAUCUAUAGGCGAUCCGAAGGCAUUGCCGUUGCUAGUUUGGAGAUGUUUAAGACCGGUCUGUUUUCUGGUAACAAGAACAACAAGUACCAGGUCGACAAGGAGGGCUUGGCGAAUCUAACCGUCGACAAGCUCGCCCAGGGGUUGCAGUCUGGACCGGGUAACGAGAUGGCUGGCAUCGAAGGCCGCGCUCAGCUCCUUAUUCGGUUGGGCCAGGCUUUGGAGGAGAAGACCGAGUUCUUCGGCGCGGAUGGACGGCCUGGAAACAUGCUGGACCACAUUCUCGACCACCCCUCGACACAAGCGACCAACGGCUUGAUCGUUCCCCUUCCCGUCUUGUGGAACGUCCUCAUGAGCGGCCUUGCUCCUGUCUGGCCACCAUCGAGGACUGCCAUCAACGGCGUUUCUUUGGGCGACGCCUGGCCCUGCAGCUCCAUGCCUCAGCCGGCUCAGUCGCCAUCUAGUCCGACAUUUUCUCCUUUCCCCAACACCUCUGGCCAGUCCAACGGCGUCGCGCCUUGGGAAAGCAUUCUUCCCUUCCACAAGCUUACCCAAUGGCUUACCUACUCGCUCAUGCAGCCCAUGCAGAGCAUCAUGAAGAUCCAGUUUGCGGGCCAGGAGCUUCUUACUGGUCUUCCCGAGUAUCGCAACGGCGGUCUGUUCAUUGACCUUGGCGUCCUUACACUGAAGAAGGAGGAUAUGGACCGCGGCUUGGCGCAUUACACCUCGUACUGCGAUCGCACCGGCACUAAGGAGAACGAAGUGGCACCCAUGUUUGAGCCCAGUGAUGAUGUUAUUGUGGAGUGGAGAGGCGUCACUGUUGGUUUCCUCGACAAGCUUUGUGUUGAGGUCAACAAGGCCUUGGAAAGGGAGCUGCAGGGUAACGAGCUUACCCUUGCUCAAAUGCUAGAGGCUGGCAGCUGGAAGGGUGGACGUGAAAUUGCCGAAGUCAGCCGACCAAACACUAAGGAACCGCCUAUCCUAAUCGAUAGUGACGGCACCGUAUUUUAGGAGAAACGGGACUCAGUCCUGAUAUGGAAUGCUUUGUUGUUUUGAAUCACACAAAUGGAAAGAAGAAGAAAACGAAAUCAAGUUCAGGAUUACUCUGGACUACAUACCGAAUAGCCUGACCACCAAAAAUCAAAGUUUUGGGGGUCAGUAUGUAUAUUGCCGAAUUGCUAUGUCGGGCAUGGUACGAGCCGGCAAAAGGUGUUAUGAUGUUACGAGAGGAACUUUGGCUGGGAAUCGUUCUGGUUGGGGUGGUUUAGUCUAGUUUGGUCUAGCAACUUGUUGUCCGCAUUGCCAUCGUCGUCUUCGAUGACUGCAUUACUGUUACUAUCAUUCUGCUUUUCGGUCAAUACCUGCCGCGCAUGAACUGGUUUGUAGUAUGCGUUUUGAUGCAGUACUGUACAAGUUUGUCCUUUAUUUCUUGAAUGGAUUUCGGUUGUCUUG